AAGCCGGGUAGGCACUGGCUCCGUCGCCUCCAACGCCCCGGGCUGACAAGGGAAGGUGGGAUGCUCUGAUGGCCGGGCCUGCGGCGCUGAGCGCAGCGGCGGCGGCGGCUGCUCUGGUGGCCGCCUUGCUCCUGCUGCGUCGUGAGGACCCGGGGCCGGGGGCUAGCCCCAGCAUGGCCGAAACAGAAGCACUGUCCAAGCUUCGAGAAGACUUCAAGAUGCAGAAUAAAUCUGUCUUUAUUUUGGGCGCCAGCGGAGAAACCGGCAGAGCGCUCUUAAAGGAAAUCCUGGAGCAGGGCCUAUUUUCCAAAGUCACGCUCAUUGGCCGGAGGAAGCUCACCUUAAACGAGGAAGCAUAUAAAAAUGUGAACCAAGAAGUGGUGGACUUUGAAAAGUUGGAGGACUACGCUUCUGCCUUUCAAGGUCAUGAUGUUGGAUUCUGUUGCCUGGGUACCACCAGAGCGAAAGCCGGGGCGGAGGGAUUUGUUCGUGUUGACCGAGAUUAUGUGCUGAAGUCUGCAGAGCUGGCAAAAGCUGGAGGGUGCAAACAUUUCAACUUGGUAUCCUCUAAAGGAGCUGAUAAAUCAAGCAAUUUUUUAUAUCUACAAGUUAAGGGAGAAGUGGAAGCCAAGGUUGAAGAAUUAAAAUUUGAUCGUUACUCUGUAUUUAGGCCUGGAGUUCUGUUAUGUGAUAGGCAAGAGUCUCGCCCAGGUGAAUGGUUGGUUAGAAAGUUCUUUGGCUCCUUACCAGAAUCUUGGGCUAGUGGGCAAUCUGUGCCCUUGGUGACUGUGGUUAGAGCAAUGCUGAACAAUGUGGUGAGACCAAGCGACAAGCAGAUGGAACUGCUGGAGAACAAGGCCAUCCAUGACCUGGGGAAAGCACAUGGCUCUCUCAAGCCAUGACCACACUGGAGAAAUGGUUUUUAUUGUCAGCCUUAACACCCAUCACCAAAUCAAUAAUUUCAGGGUCUAAAAAAAGUCCGCAUAUUUUAGCUUUGUUGUUUUACUAUCCUCAGGCAUCCAUUCCAAUCAAGAAAUGAUGGUGCUCUGAAUCAGUGGUUCAGAGCCUGGUUAUACAUAUAGAUCCUCAGCGAGCUUUGGAAAAAUAAAGAUGUUAGCCGUAUCUCAAACUUGAAUCAAAAUUUCUGGGGUGUGGGCAGAAUAAUCUGUAAUUUUCUUUGUUUAUACUUCCCCUGAUGCCACUGGUUCUGAUGCCACUGGUUGGGGGGCCUGCUUUGAAAUGCUUGUCUGCAGAGUCACAGCAGCCGGGAAAACCUUGUGACCAUGCAAAUGAGCUCUGCUCUAAAAUUGUUGACAUUCACAUCUCUGAGUUACAAAAGUGCUAAUUCACUACAUGUAAUUGUGUAAGUAAACAUUGUGCCUUUACUACUUCUUUAUGUAAUAGAAAUUAUAUACCUAAGCUUAUAUAAUACAUGGGGAGGAUUAAAUAAAGGAAUAAAGAUAAAUUGACAACU